AUGGUAGACAGCGGCAAGAUGCUGGUCGCUCCCCGGGUCGUGCCCGUUCAGACGCCCGCGCAGUCAAAACCGAACAAGGUGCAUUACCCGUUCUGGUUUGGAGGUUCGGCCUCAUGCUUUGCGGCAGCCGUGACACAUCCAUUGGACUUGGUAAAGGUUCGGUUACAGACACGUGCCCCCGAUGCACCCAAGACUAUGGUGGGAACAUUCGGACACAUUGUGAAAAAUGCUGGCGUCACAGGGUUAUACAGCGGUUUGUCAGCCGCGAUGCUGCGUCAGAUCACAUACUCCACAACCCGAUUCGGUAUCUACGAAGAAUUGAAGUCGCGCGCUUCCUCGUCCUCAGAGACCGGCACACCAAGUAUGCUCGCGCUCAUCGGUAUCGCCUGUACCUCCGGCUUCAUUGGCGGUUGGGCAGGUAACCCGGCCGAUGUGAUGAACGUCCGUAUGCAACAUGACGCUUCCCUCCCUGCCGCUCAACGACGCAACUACCGAAACGCAUUCCACGGCAUUGCUCAGAUGACCAAGACAGAGGGAUUCAAGUCUCUCUUCCGUGGCGUGUGGCCUAACUCGACUCGCGCAAUCCUCAUGACUGCUUCCCAACUCGCUUCCUACGAUACCUUCAAGCGCCUGUGCAUGGAGAAGGCCGGCAUGGCUGAUAACAUGGGCACACACUUCACCGCCUCCUUUAUGGCAGGCUUCGUCGCAACCACUGUCUGCAGCCCCGUGGACGUGAUCAAGACUCGCAUUAUGACCGCCUCCCAUGCAGAUGGCCACCACCAUAGCAUCGUCAGCCUUCUGCGUGAUAUUUGCCGCAAGGAAGGUCUGGGCUGGACUUUCCGUGGUUGGGUGCCUAGCUUCAUCCGCCUCGGCCCUCAUACUAUUGCCACUUUCAUCUUCCUUGAGGAGCACAAGAAGCUCUACCGCAAGAUUAAGGGCAUCUAA